AUGCCUAAUCCAGAAGAAGUGAGUAAAAUUAAAUACGAUCAACGAAUUUCACGCUAUAAAUUUUACAUGUAAGAACGUGAGUGAAAAUGAAACUUGCUCGAUCGACGACGUGUCCUGGACUGAAAUUUUCGUGUUUUAAUUUUCUCUUUACUUAAAAUAGGGCAUAACAUUUGGAGAUUUUACCGCAGAAGAAUGGGAGAAAUACUUUGAAAAUUCAUCUGGUCAAAUUGGACGCUUUCCGGCGGUCGAGGUCGGUGUACAUUUAACGUUUUUUUCAACUGGAUUCUCAUUUAUUACACAAGUUUGUAAGAGGAAUCUUGGAGUUCGAGUUUUAAUUCAUUUUUUGUUUCAUCGCUUUUACGCAGUUUCUGUUCGACUUUGAGUAUUCAGACCGUGAAGAACCAGACACUGCUCUCCAAGGUGCGUGCUUUAUUAAGCUGAACUUAUAUAGUUUAUUAGGCUUGUUUGGUACCUUCUGUAAUAAAACGCAAUUUUGUAAUUUUGUUACUGUGAAUAAGCUUGCAGAAUUGUCAGUUUCGAUCGAACGCAUCGUAGCAAUUGAGAAGUAGUGAAUUAGUUUGAUUGAUAUUUUAACUGCGUUAGGAGGGCAACGUUGCAGAUUUGUGCAUUUUCAGCUGUAUGAAGAAAAUGUUAAUGAGGUUGUUAAUAGUUAAGUUUGGAUUGUGGAUGUAUCAGUAUAUAAAUUAUAUUUCUCAUUGCUUGUGGGUGGGGCUGUAGUUAGAAGAUCUGUGAUCUUGAACAGUCACGAGGUGGGGAAGUCAAGAAUUGCAAUAGUUUAUUGGACUAUUUUGUUUCCAUUUUGUGGUUUAAUCAUAAUAAUUCAUUUAUUUUGAUGCAUUUGUUGUUAAAUGAUUUAAACAUAAUAUUAGCAGGAGAUUUAUUUGGUGGUAGCAUGACUCACACACCUGCCAAUAUAUCCACAGCAUUAAACCAGAGGUCUUUUUGUAGCUGUUUGUUAGAUCUUUGAAAUGCAAGCCCUAGGAUUUCACAGUAACAGUCGUUUCUGGUACCAGUGUGUUGUUACCUUGGUCUUAAAAUAACAGAACCGAAAAGUGCUUUCCCAGUGAUAUUUUCACUCUUAGGGAUCAACAAAUUAACAGAAAUUCACUAUUUUCCCACUCAUUUUCCUAACUAGUAGAUCACUAUUCUUUAGUUAUGACUUGGCUUAUAUACAAAACUAAAACGUUUUUUAGUAUCUAUCAGUUUUCUAUUGUCCGCCAUCUUCAAUCUUUCUUAAAGUGCAUAGCAUUUUACUGGUUUAUGGCUUCCAGUGCCAAGAAAAAAUAUAUGACUUAAAAAAAUUGAAAACAUGUAGGAGGUGGAUUUCCAUGGAUUUUCACGGAACCAAAAAAUUGUUACUGAUGGUUUCCCAUGAUCUUUGGACACAGAACUGAAAUAUUGUUUUCCAUGGAAUUUGAAAUAUGCACUUCCAGAAAAUAUCCAUACCCCCCCACCCCCCACAGAAGACUCUUUAAUGUGCACCCCCAUGCCCCGGAUUUUCCAUUCCAGGGGGUCUUUCAUGACCCCCUCCCCCAAGGAGGUUUGAAACGGGGACUUCGCUCAACACCCUUUGGAAAUGAACCCUCCCUCCCCUUCGGAAUUUCCAAUGAUCAUCCAUGGGGGGUGGGUAUGGAUUUUUUAUGUGAUCUUAAGAUUACCAUGCACUUGUCAAUGAACAGUGGAUUCAAUUGGGAAAUCUGGAUUUUGCAGUAAAUCUCAAAAUCCCAAAGUGGAUUUCAAUAAUGUUUUCAAGGUGGAUUUCAAGUAAGAAAUCCAAAUCUGGAUUUCAUGGGUUUCAUCUUUAAAUCCAAAAAAGGAUUUGCAAACUUAAUAAUGUGUGCACAUGCAUGCGUAGAUUAUUAGUUUUGCCUCAAUAUUAUUCUUGUUGUUUCCCUUGUACCAACCUUGUACUGGAUAAUUGUUCACUAUUUUGACUGUAUUCUUUUUUGUUUAUUUUAUCAUUGGUAAGCUGAAGAAACCAGGGCAUCAAGUGCAGCUGAUAAUAACUCAGCAGCUAAAAAUGUCACAACAGGACUAGAAGACUCUGGUGUGGAGAUUGGACAAGAAAGUGAACAAGAGAGUGCUCCUGCAAAAACAGGGAAAUCUGCAACUGAUGCAGGAGAAAAGGAACUAUCGGCUGAGCCAGUGAUCCGCAGCAACAAUGAACAUAUUGUAUUUGGUGGACAAAGCAUCGUUGUAGAGCCUGUUAGUGGCAAAAAGGAAAGUGGAACUGCAAGGUGAGGUUUUAAAUUCGACUCUUAAAGCCCCAAUAUCCACAUACAAACUCUCCAGACUGAUCUCUAUAGAUUUCAUGAAGGAAUUAGUUGAGAGAAUUUAGUAAAAGAUCAAAGCGUUUCCACCUAGUGAUCAGGUUAUUAAUUCUCAUGACCUUUUCUGUUGAUUAUGUGUUGAUAAAACCUGGAGAAAAUUGAUGUUGGUCACUUGUGGAAGUUAAAGGGUUUUUAUUCUAAGUCUUGUAAAUUAUGGCUGACUGUUCAUGAGUCUCUGUAGCUCUGCGGGUAGAACUUCCUCCUUAGUGUGUUUGUUAGGUCUUAGGUUUGAAUAUUGUCAUGGAUCUUGUCAUGUCCUGGCCUGUGCGAUGACUUUUACAUGACAUGUGCAACUUUCUAAUUUUUAGUCAUACUGUAUAUUGAUGCAGCUAAUGUGUUAGGACAGUCAACUGUUGUGCCAUUUGGGUUUCCUAACCGCUCGUGUGCUACCCCACUAAAGCAGGGUAAUAAUUAAAUACACAUUUAAUUCCCCCAAUGGAAAAACGGCUCGUUUAAUCUUGAUCGCGAAAAAAAUAGAAUCUCAAGUUACUUUUGUAGAUUCUCCUAAUUUUUUUUCACGAGUCUCCAAAGUUUCCUUUGUCAUUGGUUGGCAGGUCUGGAGACGCAAUGGCACAUCUACAUAUGUAGAUGAUUUUAAUUAUUUUGCAAAUCUUAAUAACUCAAUAAACUACAAUGUCCUCAUCAUCAGAAUCAGAAACAACGUACAGAAGAAAAUCCUUUAUCUGCAUAAUCUUUUGGGGGACAAAAAUAGCAAUUAAAUCAUUUCUAAUUAUGUUUUUUCUCUUUAAACAGCUUUCCAGCAGUGACAUCAUCUCCUGAUGCUGACAGCUUUCCACCCCUGUCGUCAACAGUAAAGGAGAAACGGGGAGAGAAGGCUGACACUGAGAGGUCACGGAAACGCCGUAAGCGAAGACGCCAGAGAAAGCGUUCUGGCUCUGUAUCCAGCUCUUCUAGUGAAUGUGCUGAGAAGGAUAGGUCUUCACCUGGUUCUGUUGGUAAAAGCAAAUCUGCAGGCUUAUUAGCCACAUCAGAUAAAACAAAAGGCAACAAAGAUACUGUAAAAGUUCAUGAAGAGUCAAAAGACAGUAGCAGUAAUUUGGCAGACCAUAAAAAUACAUCACAAAGAAAUAGCACCAGUUCUUGUGAUGGAAAGACUAUAAGUGAUCGAAAAAGUUCUUCAUCCACGGAUGGAACUUCAAACAGCCCUGUUCAGAGUGACUCAGAGGUCAAGACCUCUUCUAGUGUUCCACAGUUGAAGGCUGUAGAAUUAGGCACUGCAGGUCUCAAAACUUCAACGGCUAAAAGUAGGAAAUCUGACAGUGAAAAUCAAGAAGUAACAGAAAAGAAAGAGACUCCUAAAGCUCUUUCAUGGGCUGAUUUGUUUAAAGGCAGCAGCUCUAAGAAAUCUCCAGGCAUUGUUGUCAAAGUAGAGAGCCCUGUUGUGAGGACAGAAGUAACAUUUCCAGCUCUAGAUUUUAAAAAGAAUGAUGAUCAGGGUGGUCAGACAAUAGUUUCAGUAAAAGAGGACAAGAAUGCCAGAAAAUUUGCAGGUAACUGUUGGUUGUAAUAUUACCUGAUUCUCAAUAAUCAUAUCAUUGUCAUCAUCAUCUUCACCACCAUCAUCCCCCUUUCUUGUCAUCACCAUCACGAUCGUUAGCAUCCUCAUCAUCGUCAUCAUCAUCGUUAUGGUCAUAAUGGUCGUCAAAGUUGUUGUCGUUCAAUGUCAUCAUCAUCAUCAUCACCACCUUCAUUGUCGUCAUCAUUAUCAUCAUCAUCAUCAUCAUCACUGUCCAGGGAAUUACAUGUUCAUAGAAAGUCAAAGUUUGCAUUCCAAAUUAAGUCAUUGAGGUUUGAAGAAUUUGCUUGGGUCAUGGAAAAAAUAAAUAAUUGUCACAAUUUGAGUUUUUGUCUACUUUCAAAGGUUGCUACAUGAUAAUAUUGAUCAAUGCGUCAUUUUCUUGCAGAAGCAAUCCAGAAACAGGAAUUAAACUGCAGUCAUAAGCCUUUCAUUCCAAGAGGGCUGACAAACAAAGGAAACUGGUGUUAUAUUAAUGCAGUAUCCUUUGAUUUUUAAGGACAAGCUUCCCUGGGGGCUAGAAUGGUUAGAAUGGUUUAAUCUAAUUGACUACCUUUAUUUAGGGUCAUCACUGUACCUAUAAUGGUCCUCGAAGUGUUUCAAGCCAAAACUUCAAGGAAAUGUUUUGUUACUCAUAAAAUGAUAGUCAACUGAUUUUGGGGUACUGAUUUUGGGGGUUAAAGUAACCUGUGCCUUGCCUACAACACGUGAUUCUGUUGCCUUUUAGGGGUCAUUAAAGAAUUUUUCAACAAACACCAAUGCCAUUUUUACAUUGGAGCCUUCCCCUCCCCCUUCCCUUGCAGCUUUUUCUGUUCUUUUACCCUGUGCUUUACAAUACACUCAACUCUUUCUAAUACUGGUGCACCAUUAUUGCAUGCAAUGUGAUUUCUUGUAGAUUUUGACCUCGGGUAGAUAAGAUUUUGCCUAAUUAGAGCUUUUAAAACCCAAUCCAAUUCCAAAUUUCCUUUUGAUGAGUGAUUGGGGACUACAGGUUAAUCAGUCAAAAGUUGCAUCUCUUGUAAAACAAUGUCCUCAAGCUUUAUACUAUAAAAUAACAAUUACAAUAAUAAUAAUAAUAAUAAUAAUUAAUUAUGUGUCAAUAUAUUUAGCCAUAACACCUUUCAUCAGACAUUGCAAGCAUUAGCUGGGUGUACACCAUUCUUCAAUCUUCUACGUAAGCUGCCAUUUAUUCAGGGCAAAGGAGAAACAUCAACACCCAUACUGGACAGCUUGUAAGGAUGCCUGUAAAUUCCAUCCAAUUACAUACUGUAAAUCCUCUAUUAAGCCCCUCCGCGAGCUUAUUUAUUUCAAGCCCAUUUGAUGGGGAGGCUUAUAAUAGAGAUGGGGGGCUUGUUUGAGAGGGGAGGCCUAUUUAAUUUAGAAAAUACGAUGGUAUCAGUUCUCCAUGAAGAACUAGAAUACAAAGCGGUAAAGCUCAUGUUCAAGAAGGUUGGAGGUCACACAGCCAAGAAUCACAAUCAAAUAUGAACGUCCAGUUGAUAAAUAAACCAUCCUGUAUCAGUCCACAUGAAGUUUUCCAUUUGUAAUUGAUUAAUACAGUCUAUCAUUUAUUAGUGAAGAAUAAUUAGGGGAGGGCAGGGGGGGCUGUAAUGUUAACCUUCUUCCACUUAAAAGUGGCAGCUUAUCAGAGGGAGGAGGCUUAAUAGAGGAUUUACAGUAUUUUAAUUUGAAGAAUAGUGACAGAAGAACAAGUGCAGCCAAUUCCUGUUAUUAUGGACCCCACUGGGACUGCAAUUUAGUGUCCCUAACAGUGCUAGUCUGAAGUAUCAGGGGCGGAUCUAGGGGGAGGGUGCAGGGGGUGUGCACCCCCCUGAGAUGACCUGCGGUUUUCUAAUACAACUUGUAUUCUGAAAAAAAAAAAAAACUAUGUGGUUUAUUGGUGUUGGAGUGGAGCAAGAGACGAGUGCAUCACCUCCUAAGAAAAAUCCUGGAUCCGCCCCUGAGUAUUGAGAGUUUAUUCCAGUCAAACCUCCUACAUUUAUUUUUGAAGGCUAGAGUUGACUCUAUCUUCAUAAGCAACAAUUCUUCUAAAAGGUUUUCUUUCGAACAGUCACACCAUUACCUUUGUACCUGACAUUACUUUAAGAGGUGUGGGGGAGGUUAAACCCUAGCACCCCUAAGGCUUAUGGUUCCCUCCUUCUGUAUCUGCUGAACAAAAAUUCAUUUCAGUUUAAACCAGAAUUUUCUUUGUCUCCUGUGAAUAAUGAUAUUAGGGCCAGGAAACGAAGGGAAUUCUGAAUCAAACUAAGCUUAACCAGAGUCUUUGUGGUGGGUGAUUACUACAGUAUUUCAUGGCAAGUUGAUAAAAUGAUUAAUAUAUGCUGUAGUACCUGUUGAUCGUUUUCCUGGUUGAUUGUUGGUUGUUGUCUUCAUUCCUACAGAAUAAACUUUGUGAAUGAAUUUAAGGAGCUGCCAGUUAAAUCAGGUGGGUCGAUCAACAUUCAUGUGUAAACUACUGAAGGCACCUGAAUUUGUGAGAAAAGAGAAAAUAAAACUUGCUCAUAUUCCAUGAGUAACAACUUCUAAAUAUUUGACCUUGACUCUUAGAAUCAGUGAGAAGCAAAAUAUUUGUAAAUGGACAUCUUGCUGACCUUCCAUGUGUGUGAAUUUCAAUAUUUAAACUCAGGAGGACUGUUGGAGAAAUAUUGAUUUCUUGAAAUAUGCAUAUCUUUAAUGGAAGGAGUGCUUCAAAUGUUGUACAUAUAGAUUUGGAUAAAACUUGUCAUUCACAUGACAAGAUUUUAAUUUUUUAGUAUUUUUUCCUUUUUUGAACAGGAAAUUCUUCUUCUUCAUCAUCCAAAUCUGAUUUUAAAAUUGGGGAGCCGUUUGAACCCUCAUAUGUUUACAGAAUGUUGUCAAUGAUUCAGAGUUCACUUUCAGCGAAGGUGAGGUUUAGGUUUACCAGAAAUCUUUUCCAGUAUCUUUUAUAGCACUUAGAAAAGGAGUAGUUGUCAUUCCGUAGGUAUUAUUAAACAGUUUACUGCAGUCUUGUGAGGGUGAUAUCCAUGUUUCAGUAUCUUGAUUACCCACCGACACACUCUUGCCAAAUUCAUCAGCGAAAUAAUUUUCAAAAACAUUUGAAGAAAAAUGUGCCAUGGUAGAAUUGAUAGGUGUAAUAUGAGCAAUGCAUAUUGUCAGCGUUAGUAAUCAGUAUUGUAAUGAUUAUUGUAAUGUAGUUACAAUGUACAACAUUCUAUUGUUUUAAAAUUCUUAAAUUAAAUAUGGGAACCAGGUUUCUAAAAUGGAAUUGGAGGGAACAAAGGGUAUUUGGGAAGCACCUGUAUGACAAUGCCUAAAAUAUAUUAAUGAUGAUAUAAAUAAUUUUUUAUUGUACCAUUUUCCUGAAGAAAAACCUCAUAAAAUGUUUAUGGCCUUCCAGAGGCUUCUAGAUUUCAAUUUUUUCAGGGUGGAUACCUCCAGGCCUACACUCUAUAGUUUUCAUUUUAAUCUCAGUUAAAAGUCUGGCUGCAGUCCUGCAUGACACUACUGUAAAGAACUGUAGUACUAACAAGACAGUGCUUUUGUGUCUUAUUCGUCAUUACUUACAAGGGUCGACAAGAGGAUGCACAAGAAUUUCUGAGCUGUAUUCUGAAUGGAAUGCAUGAGGAGAUGUUGCAGCUUUCCCAGUUGGUCUCUGUGCCUGACAAAGGUACAAUAAUUUAUGUCAAAUUCUACUAAGAGCUUAUUGUUCUUUCUUGUUGUUGGUACUUAGUGUGAAGUACAUUAGAGGUAUUCCUUGUCUACUUCUAGCCUCCGAGAAGGAAACUAAAGAGAUGAACAAUACUGAAAACUACAUGCAUUUUUGCAUGCCCAAUUUUCCUCUUUCAUUUUGAGUGCAUCCCACUCAGACUAUACAUUCCAUUUAAAGUAACCCAUAGCUGUCCUUUGUUUCCUUGUAGCUUCUGAAAAGGAAAAUGAAGAGUUAAAAAAUAUAGAAAACACUAUACAUGAAGUAGAUUCUCAUGAUGUGUGGGAAGAUGAGGGGGACUGGGAACAAGUUGGGCCCAGGAACAAGUCGACAGUGACAAGAAUGGUGAGAAAUGAUUGUUUAUGCCUUGUUACGUAGGGUGCAUGCUAUGAUGUUGCCUCUUACAGUGCUUUUGUUACCUAAUGGCAUUUUUGGUGAUCUCUUUUGCAAAUAAUUUUGAAAACAUGGUUUUAGUCAAUUUUUUAUUCUCAUUUACACGAAAAAAGCACCCCAACAACUCCUCUGAAUUGCUGGCUGGCAGCUCAGAUCAUAACCUGCAAUCAGGCGGUCCUUCUUACCUUUUUCUUUGGAUGGCGUCACUCUCCCCCCCCCGCCGCUUCCCCCCCGCAAAAAAAAAAAAAGAACGCCUUUUAGGAGGUUACUGAAGUCAUCACAACCAUGUUGUGUUUCCCUCUAACUCUUUUCUUCCUUUUUUUUCAUGCAAACACUGCAAAAAAUUGCAUUGUUUUGUGAACCGACAUUGCAAACCAAGAGUAAGUUGUUUAUGUUGCCUUUUUUUUCUUAGGCUUCCUACCCAUCGUCCCUUAUCUCGGAUAUUUUUGGUGGGUUUCUUCGCUCCUCAGUUCAUCAGACUGGUUUGAAGGACUCUGCGAAUGUGGAACCUUUCUUUGAGCUUCAGUUAGAUGUACAGGUUGGUUUAUUAGACUGUAGUCAUCUAUAGUAAAACAUAUUAAGCAGUCACGUUUAGCGAGUGCUCAACGUACUGAUCGUUUCAUUGAGGUCGACCAUUUCAUACAGGUUUGACAAACCUAUCCUUUAUCACGAAAAUAAAUAAAUCCAAGGCACGCGGUCACUUGUUCAAGUGACCGAAUAAUAAUGGAGGUGAAGAUAAUAGAAAUUACUCGUUAGGACAUCGGUUAAGGUGACUGAGACCGCUUAUCACAGGUCAUUUCAGUGUCAUUUUGACAAUAAUUAAGACAAAUGAUUUGCAAGUGUCCGGUUAAUACAGGUUUGACUGUAGACUGCUCAAGUUCGUCCCCCUUUGGUCGUAUCAGCCAUCUGACCAACAUCUGGGAAGGCGUGUUUUGGUUGGCUGCUAAGGCCGUUAAUACUGUUUUAAGAACACUUUUUAUUUUCAUUAGCCUGUCACGUCAGUGGAAGAAGCUCUUAAAAAUGUGACUGUAAAGGAAGAGGUACAGGGAUACACUUGUACCAAGACCAAAGUACAGGUGAAGUAAACUUCUAUUGCUUUGGGAAAGAGGCAAGCAUUGGGAACGCUACCCAAGGGCGGAUAAAAAUGACGAGAUUGGGAUGGGAUUGUUUUUAAAACAAGUUCUUGAGUCGUUUCAAAGUCUUUGUUAUUUCCGUUAAAGAAUUAAACGAGUCAAUACGGUGAUGUGCUGAAAUGCCACAUAAUGGCAAGGCAAUUAACACUUGCGUACCUAGCCCUUUUAGAUAAGCCUCCCACGAAGCCGUUUUUGUCUCGUCACGCAACGUUCCUCCCCAAGGAGCGUUGGGUGACGAGACAACGGCUGCGUGGGAGACUACUCGUAGGUACCAUAGUCGAAAGUAAAACUUUGCGACAUACCAUGAUCUCGUUAUCUGCUACUUCCUAUUACCCACAGCAACAGUUGUUGAGUGAAAAUAAAGUAGCUUAAAAAUUAUCCGCAGGUAACCGGCCGGAAAUUACAGAAAGCUACAACCACAUGUGUUCUUCUAUCGAGGGACGUUUGAGUGUUUUCGCUCACGUGGCCAGCAUCUAUGCAAAUUUAUUGGAACAAAAGAAAGUGUUUGUAUAAGAAAAGAGUUCAACUCCCACCGGACUGGUUUGCGACACCAACAUGGCCGCCGUGACGUCAUGUGAAAACACUCUAUUUUUGCUUUUGCGAGAAGGAAAGGAAAUAGAACCCAUGGGUAGAGAGUUUGCGAGCUAAAAGCAUUCAGGGUACAGUGGCACAGUCCCUUCACAUAUAAAUCCCAUGUGGGAGCUUUGCAAAGCAGUAGAUUUAGAUUUAGAUUUGGAAAGCUGUUAGGAAAAGUCAAGUUAUUUUUGUUUAUUUGUGUCAUUUUUCUCAGGUCGAUAUCUCCCGACGUGUCACCCUGGAAAGGCUCCCAAAGGUUCUUAUUCUUCACUUGAAAAGGUUUAUUUACUCCAAAGCUGGAAGUCAAAAGCUUCUGAAAGUUAUAGACUACCCCUUGGAGCUAAGUAUCGGCAAAGGUAACUUUCGUCUAAUUUUAUUGCUAAAGAAUAUCUAUAUUAGAGCUGUUUUCACUGUUUGUUUUUUAUGUUACUGGAUUUUAAUUUUUAGAGCGUUCACUGAUUAGGAUUUUUUUUUUCUUUUUAAAACAGAACUGCUUUCAUCGAACGUCAAGAACAAAUAUUCUGCUGCCCAAAAAACCUACAAGCUUUUCGCUGGUAAGGUUAUCUGACCAAUUUUGUCGCAUUAUUCGAACUACUUACCUACGUUGUUGCAUUACCUACGUUUUUUAAAAAUUUUGCUGCCAUGGCGAUAUGACGUAACGUCUUCUCCUCUCUAUCGACGUUAAUUUACUGAUAUCGUCAAACGUCUGCAAAUUUGGUCAACGGUAGCUGGUUAUGAAGAAUUGACCGGGGCAUUUAAGCCAAUCAGAAACGGAGAAAUAUUUUGAAUGAAUAAUAAAAAAAUUAUCGGAUUCGGCAUUCGUAUGUUAUAUACCUGCCAACUUUUUCUGAGAUAUAAGCGUGAGAUUUUUAUCCUGGGAACGGAGGGAUUUUUUGAAUGAAUAAUAAAAAAUUCCCGAAGAAGUCGAAGGCUUCGAAGACGUCCGAAGUCUUCCGAAGACGUCCGAGGUUGAUAAAGGCAUUCCCAGUGCUUUUCCUUCAAAAAUCAGAGGUCUGCGGUAUUGCCAUUUAUUCAUUGUACACAUGGUUUUCGUUCCUUACAUGGGUCUGACGUAUUUUUUUGGAAAUUGUGUCAAACAGGACGGCAACAACUCACAUUUUUCAAUCAGGCGUGAGAAAUUGGCGCGCAGGCGUGAGGCGGCGUGAGAUCGAAAACACGCAGGCGUGAGACUCACGCCUAAUUAUGUUAUGAAGAAUUUUGAUAACCCUGAUCUGAAAAAUACCGAGUAAAACUAAAUUAAAAUAAAUAAAGCCAUCUUUCUUUCUUUUCAGUUGUUUAUCAUCAUGGAAAGAACGCGUGGGGAGGUCAUUACACAAGCGAUGUCUUUCAUCCAAUCCACGGAUGGAUCAGAGCGGAUGACACAAGGCUGAAAAUCGUGCCUGCAAAUUACGUUCUAAAACCCACACAGGGUAAAGAUCCCUAUGUGUUGUUCUAUCGCCGAACAGACUUAAUGCCUUAAAAUUAUUUACACUUGAUCCACUUUCGUCUAAUAGUACUGACCAGGAUGACGGGACCGAGAAAUCUGCAUAGGUGGUAGUUUCAGUCAGUUUUGUAGGGUAAACUAGGGUAAAGGAAACAUUAGUCCUGUGAUGGAGGGCAGUUGCUAUCGGGGGAAUGGUGUAGAGAUUACCUUGUACAGUAAAACCCCGCGACUAAGAACCUGUAUUUUCCCAAGUCGGCCUAAACAGGUUCUUACAUAUAUGGUAAUUAGUAAUGGUCACAGGACUGAGUGGAGUCCAAUUCGGUCUGUAAUCAUACGAGUGAUUAACAAAAUCCCGAUUUGUUUAAUCACGAGUAUGAUUACAGCCUGAAUUGGAAGACACGAAGUUCUGUUACCAAUUAAUCAUGACUUUAACAAAAUUUGUGAUAAAUAAGGCCCUUUUUUGAAAUCAAAACAGAAGAAAUUCCAAUUUUUUUUGUUAGCUGUGAAAAAAAGCCAUUUAAGCGCGCGCGUGAUGGCGCGUACUGUCCAAUUACUUAGGCGUGACGCGUACUGUCCCAUUAAAUUGUCCCAUUAAGGUUGAAAUCAGGGCAGUUGAUAGCCAAUCAGAUCUGAGAAUUUUUUUAUACUUAUGAUUAGCUCAAAUAUAGGCUAUAUAGGCACGUGAAUAGGCUCUUAUUUUCGGAAAAAAAAACCAAAACAAAACAAACAAACAAAAAUCAAAACAUGGUAGCUAUGAGUAUUAGCUAUGAGCUUAUUCCUUAGAUCGAUUUUACUUGACCUGUAAAACAGUUAGUAACAACUAGUGCAAAAUAGCUGCAAAUAAACAAAAGAAGACAAUAGAAUUAGUGCGUAGUAUUCUACUACCCAUUUCACGGGUUAAGUAAAAUCACUAUAUAAAAUCUGU